AAAAAUAAAAGACUUUUUUCUGGUAUUUUCGUUGAACUGAAACUUCCAAGAAAGACGAACUUCUAAUACUCUGAAAGUAAAGGAAGAAGACGAAGAGUACGAUACGAAUAUGGAGCAAAACUGGAAAACGACGUCAUUUUUGUUGUCGUUUUUGGUGAUUUCAGCCUUCUCCUGCAGCUAUGGCUACAAAAUGCCUCGAACCAGGUCUACCAAGUUAAAUGCAAGCCAUUACUUGACCACUAAGGAGCUUUGGUUCAGUCAAACUCUCGAUCAUUUUUCUCCUUACGAUCAUCGUCAAUUUAAGCAACGCUACUAUGAAUACCUUGAUAAUUUUCGAAUCCCAGAUGGACCCAUCUUUCUUAAAAUUUGCGGCGAAAGCUCCUGCAAUGGAAUACCAAAUGAUUAUCUCACCGUUUUGUCGAAGAAGUUUGGAGCAGCUGUGGUAACACUGGAGCAUCGUUACUAUGGAAAAAGCUCUCCUUUUAAAUCACUUGCCACUGAGAAUUUGAGAUAUUUGUCUUCCAAACAGGCCCUUUUCGAUUUGGCUGUUUUUCGUCAAUAUUAUCAGAAGUCCCUGAAUCAGAAACUAAAUAGAACAAAUGUUGAAAAUCCAUGGUUUGUAUUGGGGGUUUCGUAUUCUGGAGCUCUAAGUGCAUGGUUCCGUCUCAAAUUCCCUCAUUUAACUUGUGGAAGUCUUGCAAGUUCUGCUGUUGUUCUUGCUGUUUACAACUUUACUGAGUUUGACAAACAGAUUGGCGAGUCAGCUGGACCAGAAUGUAAAGCUGCCUUGCAAGAGAUAACUCAUCUUGUCGAUCAAAGACUUGCUACACAAAAAAAAUCAGUGAAGGCAUUGUUUGGUGCGGCCGAGCUUGAGAUUGACGGUGAUUUCUUAUAUUUUCUGGCAGACUGUGCUGUUAUGGCGUUUCAGUAUGGUAAUCCUGAUCAACUAUGCUCCCCUCUUGUUCAAGCGAAGAAGAAUGGAGAGGAUUUGGUGGAUGCAUAUGCCAAGUAUGUCAAAGAAUAUUAUUCAAGUGAUGUCCAAAUAUACAAUCAGAAGUACUUGAAAAACACGGCUCUUACCGAAGACACUUCUGCACGACUGUGGUGGUUCCAAGUUUGCACUGAAGUAGCAUAUUUUCAAGUGGCACCUAAAACUGACAGCAUUCGAUCCUCAAAAGUUGAUACCAAAUACCAUUUGGACCUAUGCAAGAAUGUCUUUGGGGAGGGUGUCUAUCCUGAUGUUGAUGCUACAAAUAUAUACUAUGGGGGCACAAAUAUUGGAGGGACCAAAAUAGUGUUUACAAACGGCUCACAAGAUCCAUGGCGUCACGCUUCAAAACAGACUUCAUCUCCAGAUAUGCCUUCCUACAUUAUCACUUGCCAUAACUGUGGCCAUGGAACCGAUUUGCGAGGAUGUCCCCAGUCUCCUUUAAGCCCUGAAGGCGAUGCCAAGAAAUGCAGCAACCCUGAUGCAGUUCACAAAGUAAGACAAAAGAUCAUAGAAAACAUAGACCUAUGGUUGUCUCAGUGCCAAGACGGUGAAAAGAGUUGCAUCUAGGGAUACACAUUUUCUACGUAGGUCGGAUUCUCAAAUUUUUGAGAGGAUUUCCUGUCUGGACAUGGAACAGGAUGGCACUCCCUGCCUCGUCUUCGUCCUUGUCCUGCCUUAGUUAAAUUUUAUUUUAUUAAAAAUAAUAUAUUUUCGUGGUAAAGCAAUCCACGACUCCAAGGCUCCAAGAUUCACUUGCAAAACAAAUUAAAAACAAAUACACAGAAAGUGUACUGAAACACAAACACUUGGAGAACAAAAAAUAAAAAAGAGAAGAAAAAGAAUCACACAUAGAGAUUUUAUAUUGGUUCAGCCUUAA